AUGUCUCGAUUCUCGCGCUACGACACCGACGACGAGCGACUCCCCGACGGCAUGACUCGGGUCGGCUACGACGCCGACACCCAGGUCUACACAUUUCAGGACGCCGACGGAAGCUAUUGGGAGAGCGCACCUGGCUGCCAGUACGGCCAUCUCACCCGCGUCGGCGACGGCCCUUCCGAUGAUGCCGCCGACUCGGAACCCUUCCUCGUUUCCGACGGACCAUGCGAAGCGCAGGAACGCCAGAUGUCGUGGCGGCACGAGCUCAUGCCCUUGCUCAACUUUGGCCUCCUCGUCGGCCUGUCCUUGCUGCUACUCUUCUGGUACCUCCGCUGGUCCGCCCAGAGGGGUGACAAAGCCGCCCAAGUCAAGUGCGGCGUCGACAGCGACGUCUACACCAUCAAGAUCGGCGACACUUGCUGGGCCAUUGCCAAGGACAGGGGCGUCAGCGUCGACGAGAUACUCCAACGGAACUUUGGCCUCGUCUGUGCCUCCCUCAACGUCGGCUCCCGAAUUUGUCUUCCGCUCAAGCCGGACCAGGGUCCGUAA